AUGCCUGCCUUUCAUAUAGUAGUAAAGCUGCUAAUGCUGCGCCUACUGCUGGCCAGUUUGUCGGGUCUGUCGGGUUUGUCGGAUUUGUCGUGUGCCGCGUACGACUUCGGCUAUCAUCCCAGUGCCGAGGAGUUUGAUAGCCUGCUGCGCGAGACGCGCACCUGGACGCGCGAUUUGCUGGCCAACGAGCGGCGGCGCGAAGCCUUUGUGCCGCGCUACAACUAUCCAGCUCUGGCGCACAGGCAGCCACAGCAGCAUCCACUGGAGCAGCAGCAGCCGGAGUUAGACUUUCAGCUUUACAGCGAUGAUCAGAGCCUGCAGCAGCCGUUUGUCUAUGAGACGGUAGCAUCUUUAGAGCAGCAGAAGCAGCCACUGCCAGAGCAGCAUGUGCAAAGCGGACUCAUCGAGAUCACUGAUAAUCUAGCAGCAGCGACAACAACACGAAACAGCAGCAGCAGCAACAGUAGCAGCAACAGCAGCAGCAGCAACGGCAGCAGCAGCAAUUUUCCCAUUUUUUUCACCAAUCCUGCAACGGGCAUUGUCUAUGCCAUUAGCGAGGUGGGACGCAACACCAAGUCGCAGCCGUGGCCCAGCAAUGGCAGCGACAGCGAUGCCAUUGACAUCUAUGUGACCAAGGCGCAGUACGACGCCGAUUUGGCUGCGCUGCGUCAGCGCUAUGAGCAGCAGUGCGCGCUGAAUGCGGCCGCAGCGCAAUCGGUGCUAUCGACGCCCAGCCUGAGGCCGCCGGCUGCAGGGAGCACAGCCCGGCCGCAGAUCAUACGGCUGCAGAAGCCCAAGAAGUCGACAGCAGCCAAUGCUAGCACAGCGGCUGGCCACAACAAAUUGCUGCACAAGCCGCCGCCCAUCAUGGUGGCUAGCGGUGCGACGGGCAGCAUUAGCGGUCAGCUGCUCAAGUUGCCCACGACGACGGCGGCACCGGGGGCGGUACCGCAGCGCACGCCGAGGCCCAAGCGUAACAAGCGCAAGAAGAAGAAGAAGAAGAAGACGGUCAAGCGGCGGCCAGGCCAAAAGCUGUCUGCCGCCACAACGGCCGGGCCACAAAUUGUGCUGGGCAAGCGGACGACAACCAGCGCGAGGCCAGCGACGGCUGGGCACACGGCGACACAGCUGGAGAAGCCGCAUAUGCCGCUGCCCACGGUGGCUGGCACCGUGUUCAGUGAUCAGCCUUUUGUGGUGUCCAGCGGGUUCAUUGAGGUGCCGCAUCGGCUGCAGCGUCGUUCGCUGGAUGCGCUGCCCGCCAGCUCAGCGGGCGCGCGACCCCAACAGCGCGCCACGCCCAAGCACAAGGAGAAUGCGCCAGCUGGCGACAGUGGCUAUCGUGUGCCACAUGCGGUGCAUCUGCUGCAUGCCAAGCGCAACGGCAGCGCAGAGCAUGGCAGCGGCAGGAAGCGCAGCGGCGAGGACGACUUCGAUCUGCUGGAGCUGAUUGCUGGCGAUGAUUAUGAGGACAACGAUGACAGCUACUUUGAGGAGGAUGAGAAGGCAACGCACGUGAAGCGUCACAGCAGCAGCACCACCACCACCACCACCACCACCACCAAGAUGAGGCCAGCGCAGGAGAACAGCAGCUCGGCGGAGGAGGGCGCCGACUUUGGGGCAAUGGUCGAGGAGCAGCCAGUGCCAACUGAACCGGCCAGCAGUUCAGAGGAGGAGAAGCAGCAGUCGACGGAGAGCGCAGAGACGCAAUCAUCGACUAAGCACAGCCUGAGCAAAAAGCGCAUCAGACGACGUCCGCCUGGCGAGAGCCACAAUUCCGAUGACGAUUCAGAUUCAUAUUCAGAUACAGGCAUCGGCAGCUUCUUUCGCAUGAUCUUCUAUCCCGUGCAGGUGGCCAUGGCGCGCAUCUUCGAUGGCUUCGGCGGCCAGUCGGACGAGGAGAAUGUGGAGGUUAGCUCGAAGCCGAAGUAUCCCAGCUAUACGCUCUAUCACAGCGCGCACAGCAGCAAGGGCGACGACGAGGAUGCGAAUGCUGAUGAUGACGACGACGACGAGGAGGAGGACGAUGAUGGCGGCUCGUUGGGCAGCUGGUUUGGCUCCUGGUUUGGCCUGCGGCGGCGCACCAAAAAGAUUGGCAGCACCACGGCAAUGCCAGCGGCGCCACUGCCGCUGCCCACGCCAGCCCCACCCACAACCACUGAGCCACCCGGCUGGCUGGAGUCGUGGUUCGGCUUUGGCAAGGCCACAACGGAAGCGUCUAGCGAGGAAACGGACUAUGACAAGUGGUUUGCCGGCUGGUUUGAUCCGACGCCCAAGCCAAAGACGCGCCGUCGCAAAACGACAACGAGCACAACCACAACAACGACAACGACAACCACUUUGCCCACACCGCAAGUGCCCAUCCUGACAAUUGUGGAUCCGUUGCGCAAUCCACAGAAUUGGAUUGGCAUCUUGGCGCAUCACAUUGUGAAUGCGACCGGCGGCGGUAUUGGCGGUGUUGGCGGCGUUGGUGGUGCUGUUGCCUCGAGCACCACAAAGAAUCCGCUGCUGCAGGCGCUGGUCACACGCGUGACCAGCACGACAACAGCUCAGCCGGAGCUGCCGCGUCGCAUCAGCUACGAUAAGUAUCAGAUAUGGCGCCUAAAGCCGCAGGAUGAGCCGCAGGUGCGGGCACUGGAGCAGUUCAAGAAGGGCGAAGAUGGCAACAAGCUGCAGUGGCUAAAGGGACCCAGUCUCAGAGGCCUCACCGACGUCCUGGUGCCGCCGAAGAUGCUGGUGGACUUCCAGGGCACGCUCAACUUUGAGGGCAUUGGCCACGAGGUGCUCAUCUUUGACGUGGGCAAGGCAAUCGCCUACGAGCGCAACAAGGAGGAGUAUUUGUAUACGACUCCAGCGGCGAACAGGCGACCCACCAAACAGCCAAACGCGCCACCGCCCAUGACCUGGAACAGGUAUUACGAGCACGACGACAUACUGCACUAUUUGGAAACGUUGCGCAUGCGCCACACGCAGCUGGUUGAGCUGAUUCACAUCGGACGCUCCUUUGAGGGUCGUCCGUUGAUUGUCGUCAAAAUUAAGUCGAAGCAAAUGGCCGCCGCGGCGAGCGCCGCAGCUGCGUCCAGCCACAAGCGCCUGAAGCACAAACGUCGCUCCGGCCGGGCCAAUGCGGUGUUCAUUGAGGCUGGCGCUCAGGGCUUGGCCUGGAUUGGACCCGCCACGGCCACCUGGAUGAUCAGCGAGCUGUUGCGACUGAUGCGCACGAACAGUGAGUAG